UUUCAGAAGAUGGCAAUUCUCAUAAUUUCUACAAUAUUUUUCACAAUUAUUACAUUUAUCAGCUACAGUAUAUGGCGAAGACAUGCAAUAUUUAAACUUCGAUCGAGUAUUGGAAUACCUGGACCACCAGUUCAUUGGCUUUGGGGAAAUUUGAAUAUAAUUAAAGAUCGAGUUUCGAGGCUUGGUUAUAAUGACACUACACAAUGGCAUCCAACUCUUCAUACAAAAUAUGGGCCUAUUUUUGGCUUAUAUUGUGGUACACAAUUGCAUAUCACAGUAUCCGAAGAAGAAGAUAUCAAGGAGAUUUUUAUACAGAAUUUCUCAAACUUUUCGGAUCGCAUGACUCCUGACAUUUUUGGAAUGAAUCAGCUGAACCAAUCUCUGCUCCAAAACACGUAUGCAACUGGCUGGAAGCAUACUCGAUCUGCAAUUGCUCCGAUUUUCUCAACAGGAAAAAUGAAAGCAAUGCAUGAGACUCUUGUCUCAAAAAUUGAUAUUUUUUUAGAGGUUUUGAAGGAAAAAUCAAGUUCUGGACAGAAAUGGGAUAUUUUUGAAAAUUUCCAAAGCCUCUCACUCGAUAUAAUUGGAAAAUGUGCGUUUGCAAUUGAUAGUAAUUGCCAGAGAGAUAGAACUGACCUAUUUUAUGUGCAAGCCAGAAAGUUUGUUGGAGCAGUUGACUUGAAGAAGAGCUGGAUUUUGCCAGUGUCUUUGAUACUUCCAGAACUUUCAUGGUUAUGGAGGUUUCUAUACAAAUUCAGUGAUCUUUCGGCAGCCGAGUUGCCACUUGUGAAAGGGCUAGUUGACUUAUAUGACAGAAGACGUGCUGGAGAGGGUGGAAACGACAGCACUGAUCUUCUGAACCUUCUCAUUCGCCGGGAAACAAUCGGAAAAAUGACACAACGAGAAGUAAUUGAAAACUGUUUCGCAUUUUUGAUUGCUGGAUAUGAAACAACAAGUACUGCAAUGAUGUUUUCUGCAUACCUAUUGGCAGAAUAUCCAAUAGUUCAACAGAAGUUGUAUGAAGAAAUCAAGAAAACUAAGGAAAAUGCAGGAUUAAAUUAUGAUUCCAUACAUAAUAUGAAAUAUUUGGAUUGUGUUUAUAAAGAAUCUUUGAGGUUUUAUCCACCAACUACACACUUCACCAAUCGAGUCUGUCUGAACGAUAUGACAAUACGAGGCCAGAUUUACCCCGAAGAUUCAACCCUCAAAGUCCAACCGUACACCAUCCACCGUAACCCUGCAAACUGGGAAUCGCCGGAUGAAUUCCAACCGGAAAGAUUUGAGAAUUGGGAAGAAAAGAGUAGCUCAUUGAAGUGGAUUCCAUUUGGUGUUGGACCAAGAUAUUGUGUUGGAAUGAGAUUUGCUGAAAUGGAAUUUAAAACCACAAUUGCCAAGUUACUGGAUACUUUUGAGCUGAGCUUGGUGCCAGGAGACCCUCCAAUGAUUCCAGAGACAAAUGGUGUUAUUUUUAGGCCAAGGUCUCCUGUUAGAUUGAAUUUGAAGCUCAGAAUAUAACAUCUUUUCAUGCUCUUUUGCUUUACCGUUACUCGUGUCAUAUACCUUAUUUUGUACAUUUUUUAACUUUUAUUUUUCAAUAAAUUUGAAUAUUAAUUUUGUAACAUGAUAGUAAUUUGUGUUUUACAAUUGAAUUCAAUAAAUGAUUAUAUAAAUUUGAAA